AUGGUGUGUCCCAAGCGGGAGCUACCCUCCCCACAGGAGCUGCGCGCGUGGUUUGCCCGGCGCUGGAGCCGUGUUGCUGGAGCUCGAGGUACUACUGUUGCUGCUGACCCUGGGGUCGGCUCUGGAGUUACUGAGGCACUGGUCGUGGAGGUUCUCGUACUUGCGGUACUGAGGCUGUUGGGACUGGGGGUGCUGCUGGUGCUGCUGGAGGUACUGGAGGUACUGGAGCUACUGGGCCUGGAGGUGCUCCUGGUGCUGGCCCUGCUGGCGGUGCUGGAGCGGGCGGUCCUACUGGAGUUGGUGCUACUGGAGCUGCUGGAGCUGGAGUUGCUGGAGCUGGAGCUGCUGGGGGUGUUGGCGCUGGAGGUGCUGCUGGAGCGGGUGCUUCUGAAGGUGCUGGAGUUGGCGCUGUUGGAGCUUGAGGUGCUGCUGGCACUGGUACUGCCGCUGGGGGUGCUGGUGCUGUCCCUGCUGCCUACUGUCACGCGUCUCCUUACUACCUUUGUCACUGACCCUUGUUUUGAGUCCACUGCUGCGUCUGCCUUUGUUGCUGAGCUUGUCGACUUUGCUGCUCGCUGUCGUCUAGACUACGCCGCUAGUCUUGUUGCUGAGUCUGCGUCUGUCUGUCCUCCGUCCGUCGGGGGUGAGUGUGCUCUUAGCACGGACGUCCUUGAGGAUAGGCAGGAGGAGUUCCGAUGUUUUGCUGCUGCUUUGCCUCAUCUCGUGUCCACGCUGAUUGCCCCUGAGGGAGACCCGGAUGCACCAGACAUCCCGACUCCUCGAUCGUACGCUGAGGCGAUCGAGGGUCCCUACUCCUCAUAG